CUCGAGGCCGCCCGAAAUGAUACAUCUCUCCUGCUUGACUUCUCUUCUCGUCAAGCUAACGCUUUAAACAAUCUCACUGCGGCGUUAGUAGAUGCAGUCAACACUGGGGCUCUGGACGACGGAGCAAGGACGAGGUUAGCGGACGUCUCUCGCCGAAGCCUUACUGAGAUAGCCGAUGUUCGCCGAAGACUGUUCGACACCCCCUUCCUAGUCACUCCUAUGGCGUAUGAGCCACCACCGUCCCUUGACUGGUUAGGUCGCCGUAGUAGUUCUCGUGUCCCAGCUUCCGCCCAGACUGCUCUCGACCUCCUCAGUCUUCCCUUCGAGUGUCUACGGACCAUACGUUCUCUGUGGAGGACUCCAAGCAUGCAAGCUGCUCGAGAUGUCCAGGACUUCGGUGACUUCUUCGGGGCUAUGAAUCGGGCAUGGAAUGCUUCUCUCUCUACUGCGUUCCCGUCUGAGACUCUCGAUCUACCUUCGGUCAUCGGUAGCCUCCACACCAAUCCCGCGGGACCGAGUAGAUCGAAGGAGAAAGGAAAAGGAAAAGGUAAGGGUAAGAGUAAGGACAAGUGA